AUGCCAAAAGCACCCAAUGGAUUGUCAACAUUUUCGGGUGUCUUCGCUCCUGUUACAAUUUCAAUGUUUUCUGCAUUGCUUUUUCUUCGAAUGGGCUUUUCUGCUGGUCAACUUGGAUUUGUUUUAACUGUUGUUGAAUUGUUUAUGGCUUACGGUAUAAUUUUGUUAACUGUCCUUUCUCUUUGUGCUGUUUCUUCGAAUGGAGCUGUUGAAGGCGGAGGAGUUUAUUAUAUGAUAAGUAGAACUCUUGGCCCUGAAUUUGGAGGAAGUGUUGGUCUUUUAUUUUUUAUGGCAAAUGUAUUUUCUUGUGCUCUAUAUAUUGCUGGAUUUACUGAAGCUUUAACUAAUGUUACAGGAAUUGGAGACAUGUUUGGUGGAAAAUUUAUUCAUUGUGUUUUUGUCAGCAUAAUUAUUUUGAUGUUGUGUUUGUUAGGGUCUGAUUGGUUUGCUAGAACGGCUUUGCUGGCUCUUUUCUUAAUUGUUUUGGCUUUUUGCUCUUUUUUAUUUACGGUUAAAAAAAUUUUUCAAAUUAGUGCGGGGGGGGGGGGGGCUUUCGUCGACCAAUGAAAAUUUCUUGUUAAAUUUUGGCUUCUCCUUUCGCCGUUUUUUUGCCGUUUUUUGUGUUUCAUCCUUCGACUUUUGCUUUUUAAAAUUAGUUUCGGUACACCCCUGCUGUAAGCAUCAACUCGAUAUUUCACACUUAUUGUUAGAAACGAAAUAUACCUAGCAAUAACUGCCAUGAAGCGUCGCAUCUUCAAUUCCUCUUUGAUUCCCAAACUUUGUCUGAAUUGAUUAUAUUUUUUGAGCCUUAAUUAUAUUUUUUGAGUUUUUUUUGUGUUUAUUUAAAUUUAGAAAAUUUUUAAAGAUUUUUGUUCGCUCUCCAAGCGAAAUUCGAAUACCUUUUGACAAC